UCAAGAUGCAUUCAAUUUGAUGGAAAAAGAUUAUAAAUCCCAAGUUUCUGAAUCAAACGAAGUUUAAGAUUUCCUGCUGGAAAUAUUGUCAGAUCAAAUGUCUGAACCAAAACAACAUCCAACAGACUCUCUCUCAGACGAAGACGUUAAAGCACCUAAUAUAAGUGAGAGAGCAAAGGAAGAGGUUGAGGCAAUAAUCCACAGUGAUAAAACACCACACCAUCACAAAGAAACACAUGGAAGGAGCGGCGAUAUCGAUGAGGACACCCCUAUAGAUGAUGUUAAAGGCCCUAAUGUGUUUGAAAGAGUGAAGGAAGAAGUGGAAGCCAUUGUUGGAGUAGUUCAUCCUAAGAAAGAAUCUAAAGGAUCAUGAGUCAUCUUUAAGAGGUGGGUUGAGAAUUCUAUCAUGAGAAAGAUAUUGAAAGUUUGUGUUCAAUGGGGACCGGUCGUAGAAGUUAAAUGCAUACUUUUAUGAUGUUCAAUUGCUUUAAUUUGUUUACUCAACUGAGAUGAUAUGAAAUAUUGAAAUGUAGUUCUUGUUUGCAUUCUAAAAUUGAUUCUUGUGUUUGACAGGUAACUUGUCUUUUUCCAAUUUUUUUGCUCCUCUCCCUUCCCAUAAAUCUAGAGUUCUUUAUCUCGAUGAUGCCCAGUUGUUCUUUGACUAAGUCCAUGUGACACAAUUUCCUUAUAGUAAUCAUCAGCAUCUAACUUAUUAACUGUGUAAAAGAUUGUAAAUGAUGAAGUUGAAACAUAAACAGAUGUCUCAAACUUCCCAAGUUAAUUCGGGCAUGAACUUGUAAAGUGACAUAAUAGGAUCUUAUUUUACCUGUGUAAAACACUAAAUCAUAAGAACUCAUAAUUUAGUUCAGUUUGUUUAUGCAAUUUUCCUUUACCUUAUAAAGUGGCAUCUAAUGGGUCUGGGAUUCAAAUCUUGGUACCUGUAACCUUUUUCCUUUUAGGCUGCAUGCUCCUUUGUAAAAAAACACUAAAUCAUAACAGUGUAGCAAUCGUUGUGCUAGACUUUUUAACAAAAUGCAUAUGUUACUCACGUAUGGAAGAUUGGAAAUAAAAGAAGGGUGGAUGUGAUAGCCUCUUUUUUCUGCUUCAGUUAGAUGAGGCAUAUUAGUUCAAGUUAUGGUUACUAACCCUUGCUUGUACAUGUCAUAAACUGGGAACUCCAUUUUCCUAUUCAAUUUGCACUGCAUUUACAACUCGAAAUCUUUCAGAUUCCAUAAACCCAAGCUUACUGAUCUUUGAUUAUUGAGCCAAUCCUUUGGUUAUUAUUGCAUGUUCAUACACAUGAGAACUUUUGUUAUAAUCUUGUAAUUGUAGUAACAUUUAGAUAAAAUGUUUCAUAGUUAUGUGCAUUUAGUUCUGAUAUUGUUUUCAUUUUUAUGGUUGAAUUCAUUUCCGCCGAAAACUUAAAUGGCAUAGAUUCGGCUUUGAAAUGCUCCAGUUAAGAAAUAAGGGAAUAUCACCGGAAUAUACAUGAAAAAUAUAUCUGUCAUCUUUUGUUUCAUUGAUGGAUUUGUAGAACACCAGUAAUUGUUAAGUGUCCAAAAGUUUAGCAAUUUUAGAACCGGAAACAAAAUUCAGUUAAUAGUACAAACUGAUUUAGGACAUCUUCUGCAUUUUUCAACUCAGUCAUGAGCAGGUCCGCCAGAUUUUAGUAUCACCUUUUACUUUCCUGAUACAGCAAACAACUUGAAGUUGAUUUCUCGGAAGUAAAGGCAGUCUGGUAUAUGUAUGCAUGGCUAUAGGGGAAGUUUGCAAAUUUUUGGUCAAAUAGGAUUUGAAACACCAAUAUUAGUUCUUCUAUUCAUGAGAUCAUAGCCAUAAAACAUUAUCAGAUGUUUCAUUAAGAAUAUAAUGAUUUCACUUAAAAGAAAGUAUAAAUUCUAUAAUUUUGAAGAACCCUUUAUUGGGCGGAUAUGAGACCUUUUUGCACUGUCAAUCUACUCUGUUAAACUAGACUGGCACUAGACUAGACACUGCUUGUGGUAAAGCUCAGAUUUGGAAACACUCAACAAGAACAGUAAAUAAAACGUCAAGAGCUUUUAAAUUAUGAGAUGAACUGAGCAAUCAACACAAAAAUGAUUCAGCUCAGCCUUUCAUCUCAGUAAUGUCAGGUCAGUUGCACCUAUGGGUGAAAUGCUAUAGACUGUAGAAAUAGAAUGCUUCUUUUUUAGAUAUUUGGAAAAUGGAGAGAAUGAUGACUGAUCUCAAAGCACUUUUAAUCUUUAUUUCUACUCAGUUCGCUUCGAAGUCUGCAAAUGAAAGAUUACCAUUAGAAACUGCUGAGCUAAGUUAAAGUUGUCUUACAUGCUUUUUGGUGUGUUUGGUGAAAAUGAAUGAUAGUAAAAGAUUACUCUGAGCUCUGAGCAUGGUUUUUUUUUUAAAACAACAAUAGUAAAGUUUUCCUCACCAUAAUUCAAAUUGUGAUGGCGUUUUGCAUUGACAAAGUGGUGUUUAAUGCUAAAGAGCGGAGACCUGUCUUUAUACUCCAGUGAUAAUUGAGAAAUCAGCUGUGCUCACUCUCACUUUUUUAUUUAUAGAAAAAAAGAUACUGACUGGGCGUAGUACAGUACAUUGAAAGAUCAUGUCCCUGUAGUCAGACACAAAUCCAUAGAAAAAACAUUUGUAAGUGUUUGCCAGUGCCAACUUUCGUUGAUGAUAAUUGACUUUCUUUUGAAAGUCCCCGACUCCCAGCCUUUCACUGUUGGAAAAUUUUCCCCCAAGCUCAUAGAAAUAAGCCUGCAGCUGAGCCUACUGCCCUGACUAUCAGCUAAAGAGUUUAGAAAUGUUCACAGAGUGGUGCAAUCAAGAUUUCCUCAUUUCGAGCUUUGCCUCCCUGGCUCAGUUUCACAGCUAUCACCUCAAAGCUUAAGAUUCAGAUAUAACGUUGAAUGAAUGGCAUCGCCCUUUAAGAUAAUUGCAUGAUUACUGGGUAGCACCUGGUGUUUUUAUCACCGGUAGAAGAAAAUGGAAAACUUAUUAAUGAAUCUAAGAAAGAAUCAGGGACCACAAAAUUUCUUAAUUGCCAUUUGGCUGAUUUUCCAAACGGACGAUCAAGAUUUGAUCAAGGGUACAUUAGCCUGUGUGCUCCCCACUAACCAACCUAUGAAAAGUUGACCAGUAGUAGUAGUUUUUUUAACAAACGCAUUUAAAAUUGCUGCAGUUCUGAAUGUCUCAGACAUUGAUGCUUUUCUUCACAUAAUGGGACUCUGCCACUGGAUUUUCCAACCCUUAUUAGGAAUGAAACUAUCAGAGGUAAAAAGGCACUGCAGUCUAGGCAAAAGCCAAGAUUUCUUCUGAUUUAUAGGCCUCUUAGACCCAAAAGAGGCUAUACGGGGCUAAUGCACCACCUCAAAGACUACCAUAUUAGUAGAUUGAUUUGAAGGGAUUGGAGAGAAAAGGUUAGCUUGUGAGGGCAAGCAAGACUACGAGAGGUCAAGUGGCUAGAAGGGGAAAGAGAGAGAAACGGAUCAAUCAAAAGGCUUUCUUGAAGUUGAGUUGUCAAAUGUUGAUUAGAGUUGAUAAAGUUUGAAUACUUCGAUUAGAAAGUCUGGGU